AUGUUCAAAUAUUCUCAGCUCACUAUCUCCGGAAAGACUUCGAAGGACACCACCUCAGUGAUGGAAACUGCUGAACCGUUUGUUGGUUGCGAUGGUAGCAACUCUCUCUAUGAUAUUCUCUUCACUGUCUCAGCCAAAAUCUCCAACACUGGUCAAUAUACUGGAAGCGAGGUUGCCCAGCUGUACAUAUCGAUUCCCGAAGAGAGACAGCCUAUCCAUGUGCUUAGGGGAUUUGACAAGGUCAAGGACAUCAAACCCGGAGCCAGCGCAACUGCUUCUUUCCCCAUUCAUCACAAGGAUGUCAGUGCAUGGUCGACAGUAGGCCAACACGGGUACAUCCCCAAUGGAAUGUUCACUAUUUUUGUCGGAACUAGCUCUCAAAAUCUGCCUCUUAACAUUGAAUGCUUUGGUGGCAGCCGUGCAAAUAUCACCCUCAUUGUCGACAAGGCACUCACAUACAAUAACUAUGAUACCUUCUUUGUGGUUUUCCUGCUGAGAAUUGGUGGUGCUUUCCCUGAAAAUUCAGUCAUUAAAUAUCCCUAG